AUGGUAACACUUCUGUCUAAUCCAUAUUUAGGAAUCCUUAGUUUGCAUAAAGAGCUCAUCGUGUUGACACAACCUGGCAUCUAUGGGAUGGAACAGAGCAUCCCAUCUCAGCUUCUCCCUCUAGAGCUUGUGGACAAGGGUAUAGGAUCAAGGAUUCACACUGUGAUGAAGAGUGAUAAGGAGAUUGUUUGCACACUUAUGGGAUUUGAUGACUUUGUCAGUAUGGUACUGGAAGAUGUCAUUGAGUUUCAAAUCACACCAGAAGGAAGAAGACUUACUAAAUUAGAUCAAAUUUUGUUAAAUGGAAAUAACAUAACAAUACUGGUUCCUGGAGGAGAAGGACCUGAAGUAUGA